GCUCAGUCGCAUAGUGGCUGUAGGGGGAAGAUGGCGGCUGCUGGACCCCAGCGGGUGUGGACUGCGGAGCAGCUGCGCAGCGAAGCGCUCCCCAAGAAGGACAUCAUCAAGUUUCUGCAGGACAACGGCUCGGAUUCGUUUCUUGCAGAACAUAAAUUACUAGGAAACAUAAAAAAUGUGGCCAAGACAGCAAACAAAGAUCAUUUAGUCACAGCCUACAACCAUCUUUUUGAAAGUAAGCGUUUCAAAGGUACUGAGAGUAUUGCCAAAGUGACAGAGCAGGUGAAAAGUGUGAAGCUUGAUGAAGAGAAAUCCAAAGAAGUCAAGCAUGAAGAGACUUUGGAUGAGGGUCCACCAAAAUAUACGAAAUCUAUUCUUAAGAAGGGAGAUAAAACUAACUUUCCCAAAAAAGGAGAUGUUGUUCAUUGCUGGUACACAGGAACAUUACAGGAUGGAACUGUUUUUGAUACUAAUAUUCAAACUAGUGCAAAGAAGAAAAAGAAUGCUAAGCCUCUAAGUUUUAAAGUUGGAGUGGGUAAAGUUAUCAGAGGAUGGGAUGAAGCACUCUUAACAAUGAGUAAAGGAGAAAAGGCUCGCCUGGAGAUUGAACCUGAAUGGGCUUAUGGAAAGAAAGGACAGCCUGAUGCAAAAAUUCCACCAAAUGCAAAACUCACUUUUGAAGUGGAAUUAGUGGACAUUGAUUGAAGUGAUAAAUGUUUUACUGACUGAACUACAUACUUCAGGAACUUCUUCUACAAGCCUGUGGCCUUGUGUAUACUUGAAGAACUGACCUUAUUCUUGGGGGUGGGGAAAACAUUCAUUUUGAGGAUAAAUCCCUCAAGUUGAGCAUGUAUUGUUGAGGCUAUGUACAAGGCUGGUUGGGGUUGAGUUUUCUAUUAUUUAAUAGCCAUAUUUGUAAAUACAAAAUUCUGAAUACAAAUACAUUAACACAAGUAACA